AUGGCCAAGAUAGCCCAGAUUGCAUGGUUAAACGCGAGGCCUGACGAAUGGCUUCAAGGACAGUAUCUCGAUCAUCAAGAUAACCCGGGUUUUCUUGGAAGAAUCUUUCGCCAGGAUCGUGAUGGCAAUGUACAGGAGGGUGAUGAGAACCUCGCGAUUCAGAUCUACAGCAAGACGCCCACACAGCCGGGGGACUUUGAAAAAUUCCAUCAUUUCGCCAAGCUAUGCACGUUCAUGGAGAUCUACUCAUACAAUCCAACCGAUGCUUUCGCCUGCGUCCGGCACCAGCGCCGCGAGAUCACCCCCCACGGGCGCCUGCAUACGGUUACCCACCAAUCAUAG